AUGCACGCUGCUACCGUUGCUUUUACUCUUUUCGCCGCCUCCCAGGUCAUCGGCGCCCCUACCGCCUUCAACGACGCUCGUUCCAUCGACGCGAUCAGCAAUGCGAUCGGCAACUUCGCUGAGGACGUUCUCGGGCCCACCACAGCCAAGCGCGACGCUGAUGCUCGCUCCCUUUCGGCUAUCGAGAACUUUUUCUCAAACCUGAAACGUGAUGAAGACGUCGAUGCGCGCUCACUCUCCGCUAUCAAGGGCGUUGUCGACGACAUCUUUGGCAAGCGUUCGCUGUCAGCCAUUGAGAAUUUCUUCUCGAAUCUCAAGCGCGACGAACAGCUCGACGCUCGCUCUCUUUCGGCCAUCGAGAACUUCUUCAGUAACCUGAAGCGCGGAGAGGGCGUCGAUGCGCGAUCGCUCUCCGCUAUUGAGAGCGUCGUCGACGAUAUUUUCGGCAAACGUUCUCUGUCGGCCAUCGAGAACUUCUUCAGCAACUUGAAGCGUGGCGAGGACGUGGAUGCCCGCUCGAUUUCUGCUAUCGAAGGCGUUGUUCACGACAUCUUCGACAAACGCUCGCUCAAGGCUGUUGGUGCAGCGGUCGCUGGUGGUGUUGCUUCCGGCGUUGCUGGUGCCGUGGGCAACGCUGUUCUGAACAACAAGCGCUCUGGCCCUUCUGGUCUGAUGAUCGAUGCCGAGACUGGCACGUUGUACAUGGAUGUCCCUGAUGCGAACGAAGGUCGUUCGCUGAAGGCCGUCGGCGCUGCAGUUGCCGGCGGUGUCGCAUCCGGUGUAGCUGGCGCGGUCGGUAACGCCGUUCUGAACAACAGGCGCUCCAGCUCUGGAGUCAUGAUUGAUACCGACACCGGUGUUCUCUACAUGGACGUAGCGGAUGUGAACGACAGCCGCUCACUCAAGGCUGUCGGCGCUGCUGUGGCAGGCGGCGUCGCUUCUGGUGUCGCCGGUGCUGUGGGCAACGCCGUUCUCAACAACAAGCGUGCCGACUCAGGUCUCAUGGUGGACACCGAUAGCGGUCUGAUCUAUAUGGAUGUGCCGGAUUCCAACGGCGCACGCUCGCUCAAAGCGGUCGGUACUGCUGUUGCAGGCGGUAUUGCCUCUGGAGUGGCUGGCGCCGUGGGCAAUGCUGUCUUGAACAACAAACGUUCUGACUCAGGUAUCAUGAUCGACACGGACACCGGCGUGAUCGACACGGACAUCCUCGACGCCACUGAGGGACGCUCACUCAAGGCAGUCGGCACUGCGAUCGCGGGCGGCGUCGCCUCAUUGGCGACUGGCGCAGCAGCCAAUGACGUGCUCGGCAACAACAGGCGCUCGCUGUCUGCGAUUGAGGGAGUUAUCGACGACAUCUUCAACAAGCGCUCCCUCUCCGCCAUCGAGAACUUCUUCAGUAACCUGAAGCGUGACGAGCACGACGCGCGUUCUCUCUCUGCCAUUGAGAACUUCUUCUCCAACCUGAAGCGUUCGGAACUCGAGGAAAGCAUGGCGAAGCGCUCCAUCGACGACCUCGAAUGA